UUGAGUCUUUCUUGACUCAAACAAGAGGAAAUGCAGUGCACUCCAGAACCCAAUGUCUUCUUUAAUAGUGACAAAGAGCGUGCCUGUUAUGAUGACUGCUUUGACAGCGGCUACUCUGGUUUAUUCUACACCCCUCAGAGUAUCACCAGAGAUGGGUCUUUGUCUUUGGGUGAGUCGGAUGAAACCCCCAAAGAGAACCUGCGGCUCUCUGCCGCUCCCAAGGAUAGAACCAGAUUUUGGAAUAAAGACAGGGCUGCGUGCUGGCCCUCAACUGGUUUGUGUGAAACUCCCAGACUAUACAAAAGGGAUGCCUCGUUGCAGCACAGGCUUGCUUUAUGCAAAUCUAUUUUAGAUGUAAAGGCUAAUCCCACAAAAUCCCCAAACAAAAGCCUCAGUAAUUGUGUAUCGGGGCAGUGGCUGAGCACUUCUCUGGACUCUUUGGACACUGUGAUUGGCACUUUAUCCACAAGUACUUUAGCUUUGGACCAGGACGUACCGCUGUCAGGGAGGAAGCGCCGCCACCUGUAUUCACAGGUGCGGACUUCCACCCUGGAAGAUGGACAAGCCACGUUUGAACAGCUCUCCAGUUUUGACCGAAGAGUUUCACUCUCAGAUGCUGAUUUUAAGGAGAGCUGUUCUCCCUCAUCUCCACAAACCCCACGCACAAACAAGCUCUUCACUGUUAUGUUCAAGAAAAGUCUUCAUUCCCCAGCCUGUAAUGAUCUUAGUGAUAGCAGUGUGUUGUAUACACCAUCAAGCCUGGACACGCCCAAUUACACUAGAUCUGUUUGUGAAGACAGUGGCUUCAGCUCCCUGACCCUAGAUAAAUCUCAGGACUCGUCUGUGGAUCAUGAUGGGUCGUUUCAGGAGCUUCUGCUCUCUGCCUCUAAAGGAAACGGUAUAACCCCAAAUCUGCUAGACACAAAGCGUCGCCCCCGGUUACAGCGUCAGAACAGGCUGUCCACUCUGAAGGAAGGGGGCUCUCAGUCAGAGGAUGACCCCACAGAGAGAAGUAAACAGGGGCAACAGCCUCUUAAGGAGGAUGAGGUCUUCACUGGCUCCACUCCUUUCAGAGCCCUUUCCAUUAAACCAAGAGGCUCUGUGAGCUUUGAAAGUGUGGUCUCUACAAAACAGGACUAUGGAACUCCCCUGAGGAGGACCUCUGCCAAAGGAGAAGGCAAAACACCCUUUAGCUCAGAUUCACCUCCUUCGAGGAACACUCCUCUUAAUCUGUCCAUGACCCCAGCGUUACAGCUGGUCCAUGCCAUGUGCCAGCAGAAAGCUCAAGCUUUGAAUGGCCAAAGCCCGAGUCUAAAGGAUGAACUGCGAUCCACAGCAGCCCUGGUGCAUACUCCAGUCACAUUUAGGACCACUAUGCCUCUGGCUGGGCUCAUAGGCAGGAAGAUUGGUGUGGGCACAGUGGAUAUCCUUACAGAGCUUAACAAGAGGAACCUUAAGCACAUCCUGUCGCUCAUACUGGGACUUCUGACCCCAAAGUGCAUCUAUAGAUGUGGGAAAGUGUGCAAGAGCUGGAAGGGGAUCAUUAAGCAGGACAGACGAGCAAGCUUCAAACGUAGGAGUCAUCUAAGUGAGCUCAACUCUUCGUUAGAGGGGGCUGUGUCCCAUGUCCCGGAGGCAGACACCAGAACAGCUCUGCUCAAACGCUCAGCUCUGAAGACAGUCCAGUCCCAGUCUAGGAGCCAGAGCUUCUGCACUCCUCAGUCUAGCAGCCGGAGUGCCACCCCGCUACACAACAGCACUUUUACCUCGGCCAGCAGCAGCAAACGAGACAAAUUCAUAGAGGUGGCCAAAACCCUUUUUAAUGAUGAAUGCCUGAAGCCCUGUCCCAGAUGUCAGCAUCCUGCUCGCUGUCACUCUGUGAAAGGGGAAGGCGUGUGCAGCAGUGCAGACUGUGGCUUCCAGUUUUGUACUUCCUGCCUGUGCGCAUUCCAUGGCUCCAAAGAGUGUGGCAGUCACUCUGUGAACCGACGCAAAAAAGACGUCCUUAUCCCAGGCAGUGCUCAGAGCAAACGCAAUAUCAGACGCCUAUGACCAAAUAUGCACUUUACCCAAUACUGUGAUGCUGUGUUAUGAAAUGUUUUACAGGGGGCUUGACUUUU